AUGACAUACUCCAAAUUCACCCCCACAAUGAGAGAGAGAAGUAAGAACACAGAAAGAGAGAUUCUUUAAAAUUGCAAUAAAAAAUAAUCCAGAAAGAAGACAGCUAGCGAGGCACAAGGAAUGAAAAGUGUCGUUCAUUAUCAAGAGUUUAUCUCUUUAUAUAAUACAGAUGCAUUUUAGCAUUUCUAUAUGUGUAAGAAGGGGCUGUGAGUCUGUAUGAUAGCAGGGUAAAGUCCCUCUCUUUCAUUCUCUUCUAAAAUAAUUUCUCAGUGUAUGUAGGAAUAGGAGGGAUCGCUCUUUUGCCACCCCUAAAUUUUGUUGGGUUCUUGGAUUCUUCAAAGUAAAGAGUUGUUCUUAACAUUUGUUUUGAUACUCUGUUAAGGGUGUGUGUAUUGAAGAUCUGAUUUUGGACUAGGGAAUUUCUCUUUGCCUUGAAGUUAGGAUAAAUAAAUUCUGAGAUCAUGAAGCACAAAGAUGGAAAACCAUUUCCACCCGAUAAAAGUUCCAGGACGGUCCCCAUGGCAAUAGUUUUUUUGGUGCUGUGUGGAUUUUCAUUCUAUCUUGGUGGAAUAUUUUGUUCAGAGAAGAACAAAUAUGUAACUGAUGACACCACUGAAGCGAUUGAUACUGCCCAGGAAAUGGCCACCGGCACUCUCCAAGCGAAAGCCGUAACCUUUUCCGUAUGCAGCAUAGAGUAUCAGGACUACACGCCAUGCACAGAUCCAAGGAGAUGGAAGAAGUACGGUCUUCACCGGCUUACUUUUCUAGAGCGCCAUUGCCCUCCUAUAUUUGAAAGGAAGGAAUGCUUAAUUCCCCCUCCUGAUGGCUAUAAGUUACCCAUCAGAUGGCCUAAGAGCAGAGAUGAAUGCUGGUACAGAAAUGUUCCAUACAACUGGAUUAACAAACAAAAGUCGAAUCAACACUGGCUUAGGAAAGAAGGGGAAAAGUUCUUCUUCCCUGGUGGCGGCACCAUGUUCCCCAAUGGUGUUAGUGCUUAUGUUGAUUUGAUGCAAGAUCUGAUACCGGGAAUGAAAGAUGGAACUAUUCGGACUGCAAUUGAUACUGGGUGCGGGGUUGCAAGCUGGGGAGGUGAUUUAUUGGAUCGUGGGAUUCUAACAGUCUCGCUUGCCCCGAGAGAUAAUCAUGAGGCUCAAGUUCAAUUUGCUCUGGAACGUGGAAUUCCAGCAAUUCUGGGCAUCAUCUCGACACAGAGACUUCCUUUCCCUUCGAAUUCUUUUGACAUCGCACAUUGCUCAAGAUGCCUUAUUCCAUGGACUGAAUUUGGUGGAAUUUAUCUUCUAGAAGUGCAUCGUAUACUUCGGCCAGGGGGUUUCUGGGUACUAUCGGGUCCCCCAGUAAACUACGAGCACCGGUGGAGAGGAUGGAACACAACUAUUGAAGAACAGAGAUCAGAUUAUGAAAAGUUGCAAGAAUUGCUAACUUCAAUGUGUUUCAAGUUAUAUAACAAAAAAGAUGACAUUGCUGUUUGGCAGAAGUUAUCUGAUAACAGUUGCUAUAAAAGGCUUGAGAACCCCGACAUUUACCCCCCAAAGUGUGAUGAUGGUACCGAACCAGAUUCUGCAUGGUACACUCCAAUUCGGCCCUGUGUUGUUUCUCCGAAUCCCAAGUACAAGAAAGUAGCUUUAAAAUCCCUCCCAAAAUGGCCACAAAGACUUCAUGCUGCUCCAGAGCGUGUUUCUGAUGUUCGUGGCGGUAGCGAUGGUGCUUUUAACCAUGAUGACAGCAAAUGGAUAACACGGGUGAAGCACUACAAGAAGUUGGUCCCUGCAAUCGGGACGGAUAAAAUAAGAAAUGUGAUGGACAUGAACACUCUGUAUGGAGGUUUUGCUGCUGCUUUAACUGACUAUCCCUUGUGGGUCAUGAAUGUAGUUUCCUCCUAUGCUGCAAAUACACUUCCUGUUGUGUAUGACAGGGGCCUCAUAGGAACCUACCAUGACUGGUGUGAGGCUUUCUCCACAUAUCCUCGAACAUAUGAUCUCCUUCAUCUAGAUGGUUUUUUCACUGCUGAAAGUCACAGGUGCGAAGUGAAGUACGUUCUUCUUGAGAUGGAUCGAAUCCUCCGGCCAAAUGGGUACGUGAUCAUCCGGGAAUCGAGCUAUUUUGUUGAAUCUGUUGCUACCAUAGCCAAGGGGAUGAGAUGGGGAUGUCGUAGAGAAGACACCGAAUAUGGUUCUGAUAAGGAGAAGAUUCUAAUUUGUCAGAAAAAACUAUGGUAUUACUCUAAGCAAAAUUGAAGGGCAUAAAUCAAUAAAUACAAGCUCUGCACACGUCUCUUAUAGAGAUAAGGCAUAUUCAUUAUACUGCAAUAUAGGAGAGAUUGAAACUUGGAUACCACUCACAGGAAAUGCUGUUAAGUUCUUGUUUUGAAACUGUAGAAUUAGCCAGAUAAUAACAAGGUUUAUCUGAUUUAUAGUUAUUAUUUGACACAAAAUAUUCUUUGUAAGGCUCUUUGAUGAUAUUUUAUUGUAUUGUUUGGAUUUUAUGAUUAA